AGCAGCAGAAACUAGACAACGAUAGAAGUGAAGAGCAAGGGAGGAGAUAAAAAAAAAAAAAAAAAAAAAAAAAAAAGCGGCUCGACUCGGUCCUUUCUUCAAACCCAACUCAUACAAGAAAGAAACAACCAAGCUUCUUCAGCGAUGCCUCGCUCUCUCUCCACCCUCUCCCAAGGCAUCACCCUCUUUCUUAACAGAAGGGCAUACUCCGCCGCAGCAUCGGCGACGGAGAAGAAGACGACGGUGGUGGUGAAAUCCUCCAACACCACUUCUGCUUCUGCUUCUGCUUCUUCGUCGUCGUUACUGAAUUCUUGGGUGCUGGAUCCGGUGACAGGUUAUUACAGGCCCAGCAACGUGGGCUCGCAGGUUGAGGCGGCGGAGCUCCGGGUGAUGCUUCUCUCCCGAUAGCGCUCCCGCUACUGCAACUCUGGACUUUGUUCCUUUAUCUCUCAUUAUUUUUUGCAAGAGAGAAGAGAGGGUCUUUUAACAGAUUGAAAAAAUAAGCAAUAAAUGUGGGGCAGGAAUGUAAACAAACAAAAAGAGAUACCUUAAUUAGUUAAUUAGUAGUUUUCAGUAAAGGAAGAUGCAUGAAAUAAGAACGAACAAUUCUACCAA